GGGCCGCGCGCCGCCGGACCUCUUGGGCGCGCAACUGGAAUUGGCCUUCUCCCCGGAUCGCGGACCGCCGACCGAGCCGCGGCGCCCCCUGCCGGCGGCGGAAGUGCUGCACCGGAAGUGCGUCGUUGGGGCGCGCCGCUGCGGGCAUCGAGUGAAACCGCUGCGGAGCUCCGAGGUGCUGCUAUGGCUUCCAGUGGGGUCUCGGUGGGCGUUGCGGGCUCGGCAAACGAAAACCCCGAAAUUCCGGACAACGUGGGAGAUUGGCUCCGAGGCGUCUACCGCUUUGCCACCGAUAGGAAUGACUUCCGGAGGAACUUGAUCCUCAAUUUGGGACUCUUCGCUGCAGGAGUUUGGCUGGCCAGGAACUUGAGUGACAUUGAUCUAAUGGCACCUCAGCCAGGGGUGUAGCCCAAUAGGUUCUCUUUCUAGAAUAAACACUGGAUUUGCAAUGAGGCACGAUUUGCGGUUUCCUGUCCGCUCUCCUUUCAUGUUCAUGGGCCUUCCUGAAAGCACACCAGCCGCACCAACUUACAGACGUGGACCUUGCGGGUGUAGCUUCACACCAGGCCUCUGGCAGCGCAGCAGCUGUGACACUUUAAAACAGUGUCCAGGAGAGGGCAAGCCCAGGCAGCACUUACACAAAGAAGCCUGCACUGGACAGUAUAAACCCAGCAGCAUAAAAAUGCCAUACGCUGUCGCUUCCAAAUAAAAGCUAGUAUUACAGAAACCUCACA